UACAGUUUUUAGAAACCAGAGUAAAAUUCAGUAUGAUCUCAGGGGGAGGGGAAGCUGAAUUUCCUUUCAGACAUCCUGUAGCAACACUAAGGGAUUGGGAACAAGCUAGUUAACGAAUUACAUAUUGGUAGCACAUUAGGCAUUCUGGUUCCUUAUACGGACAGGAUCUUUCACUUCACAUCUUGCUUGGUUUCUUUUUCCCUCCUCUACUUCCUAUACUUCGGCUGCAUUGGUCCUAUAGGCAGCUUUCCUCCUCCUCCUUUAGCUGGCUCCCCUCCCCCCCUCUCUCAAUGCUGCAAACCAGCCCUGCCCAAUGAAUCCUUCCUGAAUUUCUCGCUCUCACACACACACUCACAAGCCUAAGAUAGUUCUUCUGUCCUCUUUCUGCUUGUUCCCAUUUACACAUCAUCUUUUUAAAUUCUGUACUUUUCUUUUUUGGUUUUGAAGCAUAACCCACCCACUCUUCCUCCACCCCAGUCUUUUCAGACCCCCCCUCCCUUUGCACUGCUUGUGUAACAAUCUCAAAAACAAGUUCUGUUCAUAUCUUCAGCAAAGGACCAAAUAUGUCAUUCCGUAAAGUUGUGCGUCAGAGCAAGUUCCGACAUGUGUUUGGACAGGCUGUGAAGACAGACCAGUGCUACGAUGAUAUCAGAGUCUCUCGAGUGACAUGGGACAGUUCCUUCUGUGCAGUCAAUCCAAAGUUUGUAGCAAUCAUCAUUGAAGCCAGUGGUGGUGGGGCUUUUUUGGUCCUACCCCUCCAGAAGACUGGCCGUAUUGAUAAGUCAUACCCAACUGUUUGUGGUCACACUGGGCCUGUCUUGGACAUUGAUUGGUGCCCACACAAUGAUGAGGUGAUUGCCAGUGGAUCUGAGGACUGCAGUGUUAAGGUCUGGCAGAUACCCGAAAAUGGGCUUACAGCGCCCCUGACUGAGGCAGUUGUCACACUAGAAGGACAUUCCAAACGGGUUGGAAUCAUAUCCUGGCAUCCUACAGCUCGAAAUGUUCUUUUGAGUGCUGGAUGUGAUAAUGUGAUCAUCAUUUGGAAUGUUGGCACAGGGGAGGAGCUGUACACAUUGAGAGACCAACACCCUGACUUGAUCUACAGUGCUUCUUGGAAUCGCAAUGGGAGUUUGAUAUGCACAGCAUGCAAGGACAAGAGUAUCCGAGUGCUUGACCCUCGUAAGGAGGAGAUUGUCCUGGAGAUUGAGAAAGCACAUGAAGGAGCCCGACCAAUGAGAGCCAUUUUUCUUGGAAACAACAAGAUAUUUACAACGGGCUUCAGUCGUAUGAGUGAGCGGCAGCUGGCCCUCUGGGACAUGGGUAAUGCCUCAGAACCGAUGACUAUACAGGAACUGGACAGUAGCAAUGGGGUUCUGCUUCCUUUCUUCGAUGCUGAUACUGGUGUGGUGUAUGUCUGCGGCAAGGGAGAUUCCACAAUUCGCUACUUUGAAAUCACAGAUGAGUCACCAUCCAUCCACUUCCUGAACAUGUAUACCAGUAAGGAGCCACAGCGGGGUAUGGGAUUCAUGCCAAAGAGAGGUUUGGAUGUCAACAAGUGUGAAAUUGCAAGGUUUUACAAGUUGCUUGAAAGGAAGUGUGAACCUAUCAUAAUGACAGUUCCCAGAAAGUCAGAUCUUUUCCAGGAUGAUCUAUACCCAGACACAGCCGGACCAGAACCUGCAUUGGAAGCAGAAGACUGGGUGGAUGGGAAGAAUGCAGACCCUAUUCUCAUCUCUCUAAAGGACGGCUAUGUGCCCACAAAACAGCGGGACCUGAAGGUGACGAAGAAGAAUGUGCUUCACGAGUCGCGCCCCUCUGCUGCUUCAACAACCACCACUACCAGCAGCACUGCCUCCUCACACAGCCACAAGAGCGGGUCAUCAGGUCCUCAUAAAGUUGGCUCUGACCAAAUGCAUGGGGAUGGGGACAGGAUCGAUGCCAUUAUGGAGCAGCUUAAGUCAUUAAGGACCACAGUGCACCAGCAGAAUCUGCGCAUCCAAAAGCUCGAAGAACAGCUGGCCAAAAUUGAAGAUGGCCAAGUCUAAGGACACAUGGGAACAACAGAGCAAAGCUCUAUUUGUCUUUUUUAUAUAAAGAAUAUAAAAAUGGAAUAGUAACCAAAAAAAUGGACUGACCACCUCUUUUGGAGGCCCACAAGUCUGUCUUAACUGUGUUAACCAUAAUCUUCCAAGCAACCAUGUAUAACAUUCUUUUUUUCUUUUUUUAUUAAUAAUCAAUUUAACAUUGAAGCACUCUAGUUUCUUCUUUUCUGAAUGAUUCCUUCCUUUUCCAUUCCUGCUUCAUAUUUGUUCUUGUAAGCAUGUUAUAUUAGAAGUGUUCUGCACCCCAGCACCACUUUUGCCCAGAACUACACCUUAGUUUUCUAUUAGUCUAGGAGUUGCUAGUAGUACGGAUAUUACUUCCAGACACACUUAGGUUUGACUGGCACUGUCUAGGGUGGUUAUCUCAGUAGUGAUUCGUAGACUUCUUGCACCCUUCUCACAUAUACCAUUCUUCUUCCCUUUUGUUUGGGUAUGAGCUAUUAUAUGUUGUGGGUAGACACCCAGUUGUAAUUGUUUUCUUGCUCAAAAGCUUGCGUAACUGUGUUGCUGCUUUCUGGGUGUACUGGAUUCUUCCUAUAACAUACUGUUCACUGCCAUAUAACCAGCUAUGAUUGGUGUUUAUGCAGUGAUAUGCUGUAGUAAAAUUGUCCAGUUUCAGUGAACCAUGCAGUCUUUUUUAAUAUGUACAUAUGAGUAUACAUUCCCAGUGGUACAGUUGUACUGCAUUUUGUUAAUGUGUGGUUCUUCAUAAAGUCUAGACGUUAACAUAAAAUAUUUGGUGUGCAACAGUAGCAGUGUUUUACCUCCUAUAUGUUACAGCCCUUGGGGAGUAUAUUUACAGGGUUUGCUUUAUAUUAUUGAGAGAGUCUCUUGUACAGUGAAAUGUAAUGAGGCUGUGAAUUGCGACCAAAAUAUGUUCGAAUUCUAGUCAUUUUUGGUGUCCAGAUGGUGUUGACAAAUCCCAGUUUAUUCUUAUUGUUCACUGCCUUAGUGUUGGUCACAUCUAUUGUAGCAAGUACUCUGUCUCAUUAUCAUGGCUGUCCUCUGGCUUAUAGAAGGGUAAUGCCAGCACCUGUUGUACUCUGGUGCUGCCUCUUUGGGCAGUAUCUGGAAAAUUGAUGUUCUUUAAUUCUCGUAUUGUUUUUCCCUUUCAGAACACAGGGUAGGAAUCAUGUUUUUCUAUGGUGCGGGUACCCAUCCUGGGACAUAAACUGCGGUACAGUGCCAGUGCUUUCUUGUCCCUGCUAAAGUUGUGUCUGGUUUGGAUACCGCAUUCCCUGUUAAACCUAGCAGUAUGGAUGAAAAAAACAACUUGGAGCUGUGCUCUUUGUUUCGGGUGUCUCUCUCCAUGUAGUGGGACCCAUUCUGCCUAUUAUUAAGUCAGCAUAACAGCUGCUUUUUCUUUUUCCUUUGCUGUUUUUCCUCAGUAUUUCCAUUUGCAUAUUAUGUGUAUAAAGUGCUCAGGGGAGAGACAGGACUGCAUUGGGCCGAAUGUUGUCUGUCAUCACCACAAAAUACUAUGAGUACAGGGUGGCACUUCCUUCACAUGCCACAACCUUGAUGACAUACAAGUAUGCAUCAUGACCUCUAGCCAUUUCUUUUUGCUACAAAGCAUUUGCUAUUCAUUUUAAUAAAAAAAAUGUUUGACUCAUUUCCAAAUGUAGUUAAACAUAAUAAUGAUGAUUUUGAUAGCAUGUAUAUAUAUUUUUUAUUUUAGCACAGAGUUUAUAUUUGCACCUCUGCAUAAUAUUGCUUGAUGUUACUGCCAUCUGAACACAGAAAACAUCUCAGUGAGGUAAUACUGCACUCUUCAUCAUCUUUCUGCUAAGCAUCUUUCUCUUUGCCUAGAUCAGGUUAACAGCUAAGCCACACAAAAUGACUUUGCUCUGAGUGGGCUUGUAGUAGUGAACAUGUUAUUUUUUAGCUGAGGAAUUUGUUGAGAGUUAUGGCUAGGAGAAGUUGUCACUUCAGGAUUUUAUAAACAAAAUGGCAGUGUAAAGGACAGUGCUACACUGUGUCACAGUUGUACUGUGUUUGUAGGCUAACCAGUAAAUUAUGCCAUUGUGAUGAGCUAUAUUGUGUUUGUGUGCAUGUAUACACACAAAAUCGGUCAUCAGUGUUAGUGCUGUAGUUUGUGUUUCCUGGUAAAAAUGUAUUUUAUGUAUUAGCAUUUUAUUCUACAACACUGGCUGUUGUUUUCAUUAUUUCAGCAACAAGAUUCUGUCUUGGUUGAGAGCUGUUUAUAAAACAGAAGGUGAAGCAUUAAUGUGCAAUGUGGUAUCCAUGUGGUAAACUUAUCACUAUUGACUUCCAUAAUGCAGCAACUUGCUUCUUUACUUGUUCGAUUGCAUUCCACUUAACAUAGUGUUGUAAGUCCUACUUCUUUGUAGACCAGCAGAUAUUUUACUUGUGCCUUUGUAAAAUAGAUGUUAAUUCUUUUACAUUCAAAUGGUGACAUUGAGCCUAAGAAAAUUGGAUUGUAGAUUUUUUUCCAAGGGCUUUGGGGGGUGAGUGCUACCUGGCUGUCAGAUAUUUCAUUGGUGAGGAUGUCAAAACAUCAGUCAUUGGACUUAACUUUAGGAGCCAUGUGGGUGGAAAAUGCGAGAAUUACCCACCGAGAAUAUUGCCACCUGUGAAAUUACUGUGCAUACCAGAAGAGGUGGGUGGACUUCUCUGUACAUUUACACCACUAAAGGGUCCUGAGGAUUCUACAUGGAUUCCUGGCUUGGCAGAUAAAUCUGGACAGUAGUAUGGGGUUCUGCAACCCUAUGCCUUCUGACAGGUGCAGAAAAGAUCCUGUAAUGAGAAGAGAUGCUAAGUGACUGAAGUGAUUAAGCAGAAAAAAGCAUGGUAAGUUCUCUCAUGGGAAUGUGUGUUUGGUGUAAAUGACAUUUAAUCCACAAUGUGCAUUGCAAAUUGCUUUAAGAAAGAAUUGCUUAUACAAUAUGAAAAAUAAAUCUUGCAUAAUCAGGAGAAGAGGACUAUGCCUUCUACAAGGUCAGUGGAAGGAUAGUACAUAACCUGUAAAUUCCUUCUGCUUCAUAUUUCUCAUCAUUGUAUCAAAGGGAAUUUUUUUCAUACUUCGUUUCUUGCCUUUUUUUAUUUUCCUUGUAUAGGUCAAUUAUAAGGGAACAGAAGCAUCCUCCUUAAUAAAUGCAGACUUAGUAUCAUGCCUUUUCAUAGCAACCAGCUGACUUACUUAAUGGUUUCUGUCUUCAGUCUUUGCUUUUAUUCAAAAGCUGCAGAAAUAAAAAAUUGAAAGAAAACAA